AUGACAGAUGAGUUUCUAUUUCAAGACAAGAAGAACAAUACUGUCUGUAUAAAUCCAACAAAAGGAACUUUAAACGAGAAACCUAUAAAUGAACUUCUUUUGAAAGCAGAUGUUGACAACAAAGCUGACAAAGAAUAUGUAGACGAUGCAAUAGCAAAAGAAAAGAAAGAGCUAACAAUGCUUAUGCAACAAAAGAACAUACUCAUCCUGAACUAG